AUGAAAUUCCGCAACUCCCGCUCUCUCCCCGCCUCAGCCAGCGCAGCCUCACCGCGCUCCAUCCCGAUAAAAACGGAGUUUUUUCCCAGCCAUUCCCACGGGGAUCCCCCUCCUCUGAGGGCUCUUUUUACCUCUCAACCCCUUCUCAAGCUCAGCAUUUCCUCUUCCUGCCCAAAAACCCCGAAGCGGGAGCGGGAAGGGGCGUGGAGGAAGCAGGAAUUUCCCUCACAGGUCCCCGCCCGGAGCCGUGCCCGCGGCGGGCCCUCACGGCGAGCCCUCACGGCGGUCCCUCACGGCGAGCCCUCACGGCGAACCCUCACGGCGAACCCUCACGGCGAGCCCUCACGGCGGGCCCUCACGGCGGGCCCUCACGGCGAACCCUCACGGCGAGCCCUCACGGCGAGCCCUCACGGCGAGCCCUCACGGCGGGCCCUCACGGCGAGCCCUCACGGCGGGCCCUCACGGCGGGCCCUCACGGCGGUCCCUCACGGCGAGCCCUCACGGCGAGCCCUCACGGCGAGCCCUCACGGCGAGCCCUCACGGCGAGCCCUCACGGCGGGCCCUCACGGCGGGCCCUCACGGCGGGCCCUCACGGCGGCCCGAGGGCAGCGGCGCGGGGACAUGGCGCUGCCAGGCGUUCCCUGGAGUCCUCCCGCUCUCUGCCUCCUCCUGGCCCUGCCCAUUCCCGGCUUCCUGGCUCUGGAGUGCGGGGAGAAGCAGUACCGGUUCCAUGAGAAGUGCUGCAGCGACUGCGCCCCCGGGGAGAGGAUGCGCAGUCGCUGCACGGCCUCGGCCGACACCGUGUGCUCGCCGUGCCAGGACGGAUAUUUCAGCUCCCAGCACCACCACGGCUUCUGCCGCAGCUGCACCAUCUGCCAAACCUCGCCAGGGAGGGGCAGCGCGGAGGUGAAGCCGUGUGAGAGAACCUCGGACAGGGUGUGCGUGUGCCAGGCGGGAUUCCAGCCCGACGGAAUUCCCGCCAGAAUUCCCAGCGGGAGCCAGUGCUCCCCGUGUCCUGACGGGACUUUCUCCAGAGGAAGGAAUGAGAACUGCCAGCCUUGGACCAACUGCAGCGUUUUUGGGAAGAGCACGCUCCAAGCUGGAACGGCGACAGCGGAUGCCCUGUGCAGCAGCCACGGCCUGCCUCCCUUUCCCACGGAAUUCCCGGAGAACAGGGGUCCCUUCUCCACGGAAUUCCCAGAGAACAGGGAUCCCUUUCCCACGGAAUUCCCGGAGAACAGCUCCAGAGCGUCCGGCCCCGGGGAGAUCCCGGCGGUUUGUGGGGAUCCCGGCAGCGCCGCGGAGCCGGGCUGGGGUUCUUUAUCCCUGCUCCUGCUGUGCCUGAUCCUGCUGAUGGUGAGUGGAAUUUCCAUCCUGCUCCUGAUCCUCCAGGCAGCCCGGAAAAAAACCAGGAAUGGGUCUGGGAGGAGCAUCCAGCACAAGGACAGGAGCUGUCGGAUUCCCAUCCAGGAGGAGCAGAUGGAUCCCAAUUCCAGCCUCAUCAAAAACUGACUCCCAGUUUUUGGGCUGUUCCUGCAUUUCUGAGCCCGUGGAUCCGAAGGAGCGCUGGGAUUAAUUCAGGCUGGUUUUGCUUCAUCAGGAGUUAAUUAGGAGCUUUAAUUAACUCAGGGAUCUCCAUUGGAAUUUGGGAGAAUUCCUGAGGGAAUUUUGCGUGGUUUUUUUUCUUUUUUUUUUUUUUUUGCCCUUUUGGGCAAAUCUUUGCCGAGCAUCUUCGAAAAUCCUCUGAGAAUGAGUUUCCAGCUGGAAAAUCAUGGAAAUCCUGGGAGCAGACUGAAAACCGGGAUGGUUCAGGGAAGAGAAAAUCCUUGGGAGCUCCUGGGAAGAGGAGAACGGGAAUUAUCAACCCAAUCCUGGGAUUUUGGGGGCGUUUAUGGAAAAAAAAAAUAGGAUUUUGCUCCCUUUAAAGGUUUAAAAUUCCCAAAACAUUUUAUGAAAAAAAAAAGAAUUUUAUUCCUAUAAAGGUUUAGAAUUCCCCCAUAUUAAAAAAAAAUAAAAAAUAGGAUUUUACUCCUUUAAAGGGUCAAAAUCCCCAAAAUUUUGAAACGAAUUUUACUUCUGUGAAGUUGAAAGUCCCUUCAUAUUUUCAGAUUAACUUUGCCUCUUUAAAGGUUUUAAAUUCCUCCGUAUUUUAUGGAAAAAAAAAAAGAAUUUUACUUUUAUCAAGGUUUAAAAUCCCCAGGUUUUGGAGUGAUCAGGGUUUAAGUGUGAAGCUGAGCUCUAAAACCAGGAUCAAGUGUUGGAACUGAGUCUAAAACCAGGAUCAAGUGGCAGCUGAAUCCACAUUUCCUGAAAUGGAUUUCCCCUCUCCAAUUGGUUUCCCGCAAAUCCGGAGAACCAAUUUUUAGGGAGCAAAUCCCAACCUCUGGAAUUUCUGGGAGGAGCCCCGAGUGUCCUUUUGCUGAAUUGGGAAUAUUUCCUUGGAAAUUCCAGAAAAAACAAAAAUGGAAUUUUUUUAAUCAUCCAGGAGCAAUUUUCCCUCCAAAUAUCAGCUACUAACUCCUCAAAAAAACCCAAAAACAAAACCCAAAAAAAGGGAAUUUUAAACACAGGAGCAGCGAGAACAUCCCGGAAAAAAAAAAAAAAAAAAUCCAGCAGGGAAUGGAUCCAGAGGUGUUUGAAUCCACGGAUUUGGAGUUAUUUGGGAUUUUGUUUAAUAUGUCAUACAUAUAACGGGGUUUAUACAGUGUAUAGGAAGGUUUGUAUCGUGUACAAAGGGG